AUGAUCAAAAAAAAUGAAUAUGAAGAUGUUAAUAAUUUAUCACCAUCAUUAUUAAAUAUAAUUGUUGUUAAUGCAAGUAUAUCUGAAUUUUUGGGUUUACCAUAUAAUCCAAAAAUUGAUUUUUCUUCAAAUCGGUUAGGAUUAAAUGAAACAGAUAUUGAAGUUAUUAAAAAUGCUACUGAUUAUUUAUUAAAUAAAAAUAUUGAAGAUAUUGAUGAAAUUUCUCAUAACAUUUUAUUAUUAAUUUAUGGUGGUAAUUAUCAAAAUAUUAAAUCUUCUGAUAUUAAAUUAACUUUAAAAGAAGUUUAUGAAGGAUUAGGUGGAGAAUAUGAAAUUAAAUGGAAAGAAAAUUGUAAACUAUUUAAGAGGUAA